AACUAAAGAGCUACUUUAGGUUCAUACAUCCCAUUUCCUGGACCAAUUUCCCGAGGGAAGGGCCAAAUAAGCAGGCAUGGGAAAGUUCUCCGCACUUUUUCCGAUUACAUCGAUUCUUUUUAAAGAAGGCAUAACACAAACCGACUGCUUAUUGCCACCGUAGGCAGCGGAGGGAGACAUUAAAGUACACUGAGUGCUGAGACCAGUACGCCAAUAAGGAGACAAACCCCGCUUCACGAGAGAGAAAGGAGCAGAGGAUGUCCAGAGCUGACUGGUCCUUCCUGGAGCACCUACUGGAGGAGGGUCAGGAGUAUUCAACAGGCGUUGGCCGAGUCUGGCUUACUGUCCUCUUCCUGUUUCGCAUGCUGGUGCUGGGAGCCGCUGCAGAGUCUGCUUGGGACGACGAGCAAGCCGACUUUGUCUGCAACACGAAACAACCUGGCUGCCCUGCCGUGUGCUACGACAAAGCCUUCCCCAUCUCCCACUUUCGCUACUUUGUCCUCCAAGUCAUCUUCGUGUCCACACCGACCAUCUUCUACUUUGGAUAUGUGACUAUAAGGGCUGGGAAUGCCAAGAGAAAAGAGGAGGAUGCGAAGGAGGCCGAAGAAGUUAGUGGAGGACGCAAGAAAGGAAAAAUAGAAGUCAAAUGGGGCAAUACAAGUGCGACUAAAGACAAUGCAGAAGAGAAGGAGAAACAAGAGGGUGGUGGGAAACGUGGAAGAGCGGAAAAAGCUCCACCUGAGGCUCCUAAACUGAAAGGCAGGUUGCUGUGUGCAUACGCAUUCAGCAUCCUGUUAAAAGUCCUCUUAGAAGUUGGCUUCAUCCUCGGGCUGUGGUUUCUUUACGAUGGUUUCAUCAUUGCAGCGAAGUUCCAGUGCACGGCGUCCCCCUGUCCUCACACGGUGGACUGCUUCGUUUCUCGACCCACGGAGAAGACCAUCUUCACCAUCUACACUCAGGUGAUCGCUGGCAUCUCUUUGCUACUCAACAUCAUAGAGCUCCUCCACCUCAUUCAGCUUGCCAUCUCCCAUCGGCUGGAGAAACGCUACCAUACCGAGCAACAAGACUGCCUACCUCGGGCAGAGCAGGUACCGGCCCAGCAGGAGGCUCCAGAACUCCCAACGGAGCCAUCAGAGCCGUACAAUGCAGGGGGUCAUGUCAACUUACCCGUCCAGGGAGAAGCCGCAUGCUACCAAAACCCCUGUGAAAGCUACGGGGAUCUGGCUAUAGAGGUGAACUGGGGAUCUAGGGAGAAUAUGAAUGACCUUCUUCCCAGUUACGUGAACUGCAUGGGGGCUAUGAGGACAUCCCAUAACCCCAGAGUCCAUUAUAAAAAACAUGCACAUCAUAAUGGGAAAAACAGUAAGCCUGCCCAUAAAGCACACUCAAAGCAAAAGCAUUAUGUGUGAGGCAGUCAGAUGUGGUCAUGUAUUGUUUAUCACCAUGAAAGCUUUGUUUAGUCUUCCAGUUUUGUUUUUUUUGGAUAAAUGUAAUCCUGAGCAUGACACUUGACUGUCAGGAGUGCAAAGUGAGAGCUUAAACGAAGGAGAGACGAAGAACAGCUACUGCACUGUGAUCCUGAUGCCUCGGAGGCAGGCAAGCAAACAGCGAUUUACCAGAUAAAUGGAACUAUUAAAAACACAAGAUGAGAACACUCCCCAAGGCAAACAAAGUGACACUACACUAUGAGAGAAGACUGCAGUCAUAAGAUGCCAUCAUGUUUCAUUUGAGGGCUUUUAAGGAUGAAUGCUACAGUGGAAAAAAACUGUGCAAUGGGGGGUCUGCCGAUGGGCUGGGGAUAUUCCAUGAUCGUGUUUGAGGGAGUAUUAAAAUGAAGCGUAUUCCUCUGAGAUUUGCACUGCAACCCCUAGAGUACUUUAAGACCCCCUCCUCCUCUGUCUCCCAUGGUUCUGUCCCCACUAUGGAAUGUAUGCUCUCUGGAUCACGCUCUACUCCCAGGAGGAUAAUGGCUACGUGGAUGCAGGCAUGCAUGCAUGCACACACACAAUGCACUUUUCCCCUUUCACCCAGUGAGUGUCUGCCCCUGAAGUUGGGGAUAUGAACUGGGGAAGUUGUUGGUAAAGCGAAUGAAACCAAAGGAAUUCUGGGAUUGUUAAUGACUUAUAACCAAAGUAUUUUAGCUAUAAAGAAAGAGGCACAGAAAGGACCACUGCAUUGUAGUUUAUGGGAGCUGAAUAAUGGAGGAAAGACAAGCCACAAGUCGGAUAAUCCAAACUUUUUCCAGAGUUUGAGAGAGUUAAGAUGCAUUCGCGAUUGCACACGGAACGGACCGAAAGCGGUACACAAAUGGACAGAUCUUUAAUUAUGUGCAAACUGUAUUAAAUGUUUUACGUUUAAAGAAUGAUGAAGAAAUACCAGUGUUGAUAUUUAUUAUUUUGUUUAAAAUAAAGUACUUUA